UCCUUCACAGGUUUACGCAACAAAAUUUUUUUAACUUGUACCUAUAACAAUUAAUUGUAAGGAUGAGUCCUAUAAAAAAGAAAUAAAUAAAUAAAUAAAAUUGUAGGGAUGAGUAAGUGCGACCAUAUCUGUUUCCUUUUUUGGUUUAUCUCAUCAUAUCACAUUUUGUUCUUUGAGAUCUGAAAUCACUGUCAAUAGAUGGGAAUCUUGCUGAGUGUAUGGGCGUGUGUUUGUAAAACCUAAUAUCAUAGUCUUUCUUUAUCUAAUGCCACAAACUUAAUUGGUUCUUAAUUCUAGGUUGGAGAUCAAUAUCGGAGUAAUGAUGACGGUGAACCAUCUGGUACAGCUGGCAAGCCAAUACAUUCUGCAAUUGUCUCUUCUGGCAUAGAUAGAGUUAUGGUUGUCAUUAUCAGGUAUUUUGGAGGAAUCAAACUUGGCACUGGAGGAUUAGUUAGAGCAUAUGGAGGAGUAGCUGCCGAAUGUUUGAGGAAUGCCCCGACAUGCCUUGUAAAAUCAAAAGUUCCUAUGGGCUUGGAGGUUUCAUUUGAUCUUUUGGGAGUACUCUACCAUCAACUACAAUCUUUUCAAGUCGAGGACAUCAAGCAGGACUAUGAUACUGGAAAAGACAAUGUUACAAUGGUCACUUUCAAAGUUGAUUUUGAUCGGGUACAAAGUUUGGAAGAAGCUAUCAAGUGAAAAUUUACACCUGACAGAAGUGGACAAGUCGAUUAUUGAAAGAAUGCAAAGUGUACCUUGGGUUCCUGUAAUUACACUAUUGAAAUAACUUCAGGUAAAUUUUUCUCUUUCUUCAAUCUGACAUAGUUCCAAUUUGA